AUGGCACAAAUAUUCCUCGACCUCUUCUACUCCUUCGGGAACUGCCUCAACUGCUUCCCUGGAUCGCCGACUCUCAAGGUCAACAGCCGCAGCUUCAAGAUCCUGCGUCUGCUAGGCGAAGGCGGCUUCUCGUACGUCUACCUCGUCGAGGACACCUCGACCCACGAGCUCUUUGCGCUCAAGAAGAUCCGAUGUCCCUUUGGCGCAGAGUCGGUGCAGCAGGCCAUGCGGGAGGUCGACGCCUACCGCCUCUUCGAUCACAUACCGACCAUAAUAUCGGCCGUCGACCAUGCCGUCGCCACUGAGCGCGGCGCCGACGAAGCGACCAAGACCGUCUACGUCCUGCUACCGUACUACCGCCGGGGCAACCUGCAGGACAUGAUCAACGCCAACAUGGUCAACCGCACCGCGUUCCCGGAACGCCACCUCAUGAUGCUGUUCCUCGGCGUCUGCAAAGCGCUGCGGGCGAUGCACGAGUAUCGGCCCGGCCCUGCCGAGAGGAUGGAGAUGGGCAACGAGGAGGACCAUCACGCCGACGGGCCCAGCAGCGGCGGCGGCCGGAGGGGUGGCGCCGGGGCUGGCGGCAGCAAGAUGGGCACGCGUGGAAAACGCACCGAGGAGGAGGAAGAGCCAGAGCAGGAGCGCCCUCUUAUGGAGAACGAGAACCAGAUCAGCUCGUCGGGCCCCGGCGGCAAGGUCCAGUCCUACGCUCACCGGGACAUCAAACCCGGCAACAUCAUGAUUGACGACGCUGGAUCUACACCCAUUCUCAUGGACCUGGGCUCCGUCGCCCCGUCACCCGUCCCCGUGACGUCGCAAUCCCUCGCCCUGCAGAUCCAGGACACGGCCGCCGAGCACUCCACCAUGCCGUACCGCGCACCAGAACUCUUCGACGUGCGCACGGGGACCGUCAUCGACACCAAGACGGACAUUUGGUCACUCGGCUGCACCCUCUACGCCUGCUUGGUCGGAAAGUCUCCCUUUGAGAUGCGCUCCGACGAGACGGGAGGAACGCUCAGUCUCUGUGUCCUCGGUGGCGACUGGCGCUUCCCGGACGAGUCGCCCGGCGGCGCCAAGCGCGUCAACAGCAUCGGCCAGGCCAAGGCGAGGGCGGCCGCUGGAGGUGCAGCGUCAGACGGCGGCCCGGACGGCGCUGGAGGAGCCGGCGCCGGCGGCAGCGCUUCCAUCAGCGAGCCGAUCCGCGAAAUCGUGCGGCGCUGCCUCAAGGUCGAGCCUGCGGAGCGCCCCGACAUCAACGAGCUCAUCACCAUGGUUGAGCACGUCAUCGAAGAGCUCCCUGACGGCGGCAGCUGCGGUUCACCGUGA